AAAAAAAAAAAAAAAAUCCCCAGUUUCCAUCUUUUUUGAACCUUCUCGAUAUAAAGCUCUCUAUUCAAUUCCCAUCUCUAUCUUCUUCCUCUUCAUCUUCCUCUUCUCUCAGAUCACUGGAAGCUCUAGCUCGAUUUCUCACAAUCCGCCAUGAACUCACAAGCUUGUCUUCUUCUUCAGAAACAGCUUAAAGAUCUUUGUAAGCAUCCUGUAGAUGGAUUCUCUGCUGGUUUAGUUGAUGAGAAGAAUAUAUUCGAAUGGAGCGUAACUAUUAUUGGACCUCCUGAUACUCUCUAGUACGUUCCUUUUGAUCCAUGAGAUUUCAUCAGCUUCCAUUGAGAUUUCGCUAUAAUCUAUGUUCCGGAUUUGAUGAUUCAUGUGGAUUUGAGCUUAGAAUGGAUCGAUUUGUCGGUUUUGAAGCGAAUUGGUUAAUGCUGGAUUAGAUUGGAGUAGUGUUCUUGUGGAAUUGAAAUGAAUUGCUUUGUUUAUAUGGAGAUUUACUUAGUCUUGUCACAUUAACAAAAGGAUUAAGCAUAAGUUAUGGAACUUUGUAAAUGCAGUGAAGGAGGAUUUUUCUAUGCCAUUAUGUCAUUCCCACAAAACUAUCCUAAUAGCCCACCUACGGUGCGGUUUACUUCAGAUAUUUGGCAUCCUAACGUUUAUCCCGAUGGCCGCGUUUGUAUAUCUAUUCUACAUCCUCCUGGUGAUGAUCCAAGUGGAUAUGAGCUUGCAAGUGAGCGUUGGACGCCUGUUCACACAGUUGAGAGUAUCAUGUUGAGUAUUAUAUCAAUGCUCUCUGGUCCCAACGACGAAUCUCCAGCAAACGUUGAGGCUGCUAAAGAAUGGAGAGAGAAGAGAGAUGAGUUCAAGAAGAAAGUGAGCCGUUGUGUCAGAAAGUCUCAAGAAAUGUUUUGAUCAAAGAAACACUUUCACACUCCAACACCAUCUUCUAUGGAGUUCAAAAGCUCAUUUAUCUUAUCGAAAAAAAUUCCCUUUGAAAAACUGUCCAAACACUACUUGUAAUAAACCCGUCUUGCAUCUUUUAAUCGCGUUCCUCAACGUGAAAUGAAGUGUUUGGUCGAAAAAAAUGUUGUUCUUGAAAAAAACUGACAUUAAAAGUUAUACUAUUCUUCAUAGAAGCUUUGUUUUUGUCUGUC